GAUUCAGUACCAGAACGCUGUGAACAGUAUCGUUAUUUUAAUUUGAUCCGUCUACGUCUUCGGACUAUACUUUCCGGUCUGACCAGGGAGAGCAGGUUGAGCAUUGGCACGUCGCACAAUGUACCAUUCGAAGCGGUGCUGAUCCCUUUUCACUCCUCGUUUGCCUACUGCCCUCAACAUUGUGUCCAACCUUGAAACUAGCUCGGGACCAAAGUGGUGUCCUGUCUCUGUGAAGAUAUUUAACUGCCCUUCGUGACGCGUGUUUCGCAAUCGCAUCGUCGAGCUUUUCCUGCGUCGUGUGCAUUCGUUAACUAUCCGUGCCCGGGAGCAAAAAGACAACUUCACCUUACGGUAUUACACAGCUAGAAGCUGGGUGGACUGCUAAGCCUCGAAAUGGAUAGCAACGUGGAAGGGGACGAUGUCGAGUUUCAAAAGCACGCCAAAUACUUCAAACGGUUCCUAAAUAUCCUUCCCGAGCGGUUAGCUUCUCACGACUCGACGAGAGUAACGAUCGCCUUUUUCGCCGUCAGCGGACUGGAUGUGUUGAACUCGCUCGAUUUGCUGCCGGACACCUUCCAGCAGGACAUUAUCAAUUGGAUCUACAAACUGCAGGUAGUGCCGAAACCGGGCGAGCGGGCCUAUGGGGGAAUUCAGGGUUCGAGUACGUUCGACGUGGUUGGCACACCGGAGACCUGCGGAUUGAGGCUGUUCCGAUGGGGCCACUUGGCGAUCACAUAUACCGGCAUCGCAAUUCUCGUUGCUCUGGGCGACGAUCUUUCGCGAUUGAAUCGUAAAGCGAUCGUAGAAGGCGUUGCGGCGGUACAACGGGACGACGGUAGCUUCAGUGCGACGAUCGAAGGAAGCGAGCACGAUAUGCGGUUCGUGUACUGUGCGGCUGCCAUAUGCGCCAUGAUGAACGAUUGGGGCCGGGUGGAUCGGAAAAAGAUGGCCGACUAUAUCCUCAAGAGCAUUCGGUACGACUACGGCAUCAGCCAGCACUACGAAAUGGAAUCGCACGGUGGUACAACGUUCUGUGCCAUCGCGGCACUACAGUUGAGCGGCCAACUGCACCUACUAACGCCCGAGACGCGGGAAAAGAUCAUCCGGUGGCUCGUGUUCCGGCAGCAGGAUGGUUUCCAGGGCCGUCCAAACAAACCGGUCGACACGUGCUACUCCUUCUGGAUUGCGGCAACGCUCAAAAUUCUAAACGCUUUCGAAUUGACCAACUACCGCGACAACCGAGACUACGUUCUCUCGACGCAGGAUGCCACCAUCGGCGGGUUCUCCAAGUGGCCGCACGCCUACACCGACCCAUUCCACACGUACUUCGGACUGUGCGGGCUAAGCUUUCUGGGCGAACCCGGCCUGCAGGAGGUCGUACCGAGCCUGAACAUAUCGAUGCGUGCCUACCGAAGGUUACAAGAGCUACAGCGCAACUGGAGCCUCCUGGAGGACGGUUUGGCGUCCGCCAACGGUGAGGUGACGGUGCACAUCGAAUAGUAGGACGCCAAGGUCAUAAUCGACAGUAACAGCUAGCGCACAGAGUUUCACCUGUUUCGGUUCCAAUCAUUUCGCUCUAAUCAAAAUGCUGCAUAUCAACCCCCAAGGCCCAUGCAGAGAUGUAGAUGUAUUUAUUUUACGCCGUGGGUUUCAACACCACCGGAGGAAAAGUGGUGUUUAUUUUCCUGUUUUUUCGUAGCUACUUAGUUAGGUGGGUAAGUGUAUUGAAAGCUUCGCCGAAUUCGAACUACCAAUCGUAGGGUGCCGUGGGGUUCCCUAGUGCCAAGAACAAACGCAAGCGAAACACGGUACAACAACACAAAAAGCUGCUUUCUCGCGUGUAGAUAUUUUAGCCUACUGUGGUGUCGCUUAUCGGUCGCGUGGCAAAUUUGUAAAUUAAACCCGGCUGGUACACCCGGUCCAGCCCGAAGAUGUAGAUGUAAUCAAACAAACGUGGUAGUGCUUAAGCGUAAA